GAAUCAGUUGAUGAAAGUUGUGACCAAGUGGUUGAGGUUUGUCAACCUAUGGAUACAAGCACCACAUGUAAUGCCACUGGAGAUGAUCCUAUGCCUCUCUGCCGCGAUGUUCGUACACAGUGUUGUAUCAAUGCGAGAACGCUAGUGAAUGCUGAAACCCAAACAAAUGAAUCUUUUACUAGUACUUAUUGUCUUUCUUCUGAUUCCCAACCACCACCUGCAAAUAUCAACACUCAUUUAGUAGACCACAAUUAUUAUGCAGACCACAAUUAUUACAGUAAUGAAAGAGAAAUGGCUUUCAAUCAUUCACCAUGUUUUCGAAAUUCUUUGUUUCGCAGGGACAAUUAA